CGCGGUACCUUCUUUCUUCUUUUCCUUAUCCGAAGACGCCAGUUUAUGAGUGUCCUUUGAAAAGGUCACUUCUUUUUUAAGGCUUAUUUGGCUUCGGUUCUUCUCCAUCCUUUUUUUAAACAUACCCUUCCUUUUUCAACCGCCCCUCCCUAAUCCGCCGCAAUGGAUUCCGACAGCUCCAGCAACAAUGAGAAGACUCGCAUCGACGUCGAGGCUUCCUCCAUCGAGGAGUUCACUCCUCAGGAGCAGAGAAAGAUCACUCGACGCAUUGAUCGCCGUCUCCUCACCGUCACUGGCUUCAUGUACUGUAUCAGUGUCAUGGACCGAAGUAACUUGGGUUCUGCCUAUAUCGCCGGCUUGGGCAAGGAUCUCCAACUAACUAUUGAAAACCGAUACUCUAUUGUCACACUCGUGUUCUUCAUCACUUACAUCCUCUUUCAACCCCCUUCCACUGUGAUCUGCCGAAAACUUGGCCCACGUCCCUUCUUGGCUUUCAUCACGGCAGCCUGGGGUGUUGUCUUGAUUGGUCUCGGUCUAGUUCACAACUGGGGUGGUCUUGCUGCUCUUCGUAUCGUUCUCGGUCUCUUCGAGGCUGGUUUCUUCCCCAGCGUCAUCUACCUCUUGUCAACAUGGUACACUCGAUAUGAAAUGGGCAAGCGAUAUGCCUUCUUCUACGUCAUUGGCUCCUUGGCCUCUGCUUUCUCUGGUAUCAUCGCUUACGGUCUUAUCCACCUGGACGGUGCCGCGAACCUCGAGGGCUGGCGAUGGAUCUUCAUUGUCGAGGGCCUGCUUACGGUCGUCAUUGGUGUUGGUGGUUACUGGCUCCUAGUCGAUUUCCCUGACUCUGACCGCAAGGUCUGGGGCUUCCUGAAUGCCAAAGAGCGCGCCUGGAUUGUCGAACGUGUGAAGGUUGACCGUGGUGACACUGGUGUUUCCGAGUUCGACCUCAAGAAGUUCUUGGGCGGUGCUCUCGACUGGAGAAUCUGGGCCUACGGUGGCAUGGGUUUGGGUACUUCGACCAUCAACUACUCUUUCUCAUUCUUCUUGCCCAUUAUCCUAAACCAGAACUUGGGUUUCAACGCUGCGCUGUCUCAGAUUUUGGUCGCUCCUCCUUACGGUUUUGCCGCCAUCUACAUGUUCGGUAUUAACUACCUGGGAGACAAGUUCCAUUACCGUGGACCCGUCAUCGUCGUCAACAUGAUCAUCUGCCUUAUCGGACUGCCCAUUCUCGGCUGGCACAGCAACUCCUAUGUCCGUUACUUCGGUGCCUUCUUGAUCUGUGCCGGUGCCAACGCCAACCUUCCUUCGGCUCUUGCCCUCCAGGGUAACAACAUCCGUGGACAGUGGAAGCGUGCCUUCUGCAGUGCCAUGUUCGUCGGUCUGGCUGGUAUCGGUGGUAUCGCCGGUUCUCUCGUCUUCCGUGCCCAGGACGCUGCUACCGGCUACAGGCCCGGCUUGUACGCUUGUAUCACUGCUGCUGUCCUUGUCCUGAUCCUUACCGCCAUCUGCGACUUCUCUUACUGGCGCGACAACGCCGCCGCUGACCGUGGUGAGAAGAACCUGGAAUGCGACGAAGACGAGCCUCAACCCAACUUCCGAUACACUCUCUAAGCUACAUAGGCUGGAGGGUAAACGAUCAGGCCUCGCACCUCGAUCGAUUCAUGAAUACUGUCACUCAUUGUAUUUACUGGCAUAGCGACUAUCACUGUCAGCAUAUCUCAAGAUAUCCCGGGGAUUUAAUGGUUAUAUAUAUAGACUUCAACUUGCACAUAUCAAUGAAAAUUUUAUAGCGCAAAAACUAUUCAAUUACAACUUCGUUUAGUACCCCAUCCCCAUCCCCUCAGUCAUUGUAUUCAGCAUAGACUGAGGGGAUGUCUCGCCUUGAUUGAUAUAGUCGAUU